AUGGAUGCCAAAGUCACGGCCGCAACCGUCCAGGCCACUGUGCUAAAUGCCCUGUCGGGCGUGUUCGCGCAGGGCAUUCUGGCAUAUCGCAGGGGGACCAUGGAAGGCAUCGAUCUUUCGUCCAUCCUGCGCUUCAUCGUGUAUACGAUGCUCACGACGCCGCCCAACUAUAGGUGGCAGGAGUUCCUGGAGCGCAUGUUCCCAACCACGACAGAGCCAAAGGACAAGUCUUUCAAGGACAAGUCGGACAAGUCAUCUCUCAGUGCUGUGACGGGGACUGGCGGCAAGCUGAACAUGGCCAACACAGCGGCCAAGUUCAUCUUGGACCAGGCCCUUGGGGCGCCCAUCAACACACUCCUGUUCAUCUGCCUCAUGGGCCAGUUGAGCUCUCAGAGCUACAACCACAUCGUGAGCAGUGUCACCAGCGACUUUUGGCCAAUGCUGUUUGCUGGCUAUCGAGUGUGGCCCAUCGUCUGUCUGUUGAACUUGGUUGUCGUUCCGUUUGAUUACCGGCAGCUUGUUGGCAGCGUUGCCGGGCUGGGAUGGGGGGUGUUCCUCAGUCUCAACCAGAUCAAAUAG